AUGCAGGACUGUUCUACGUACAUCCUCCCGUGCGACCUGCGCGAGGCUGACCCCCGACUCCUCCAGCUAGGCACCGUCCUUCUCCAUCCGACCGACACCUUCCUCACGACGCAUCUUGACGCCCAAAGGCUCGCCCGUGCCGCCAAGGUGGGGAUCCACACGUACGUCGAGCGGAACGUGCAGGUGAUGCAGCCGCUGCUCUUCGACGAGGUCAACUACCUCUUCCCCGUGCACCCCAACAAGGUGGGCACCUUCAAGGCCAACAGGCAGAUCCCGCGGCACCUCCUAACCCAGCUCGAGGUCGUGCACUUUACGGACCCCCCCAGUGGCAAAGAGGUGGCCUCCAUGCUCAAGGCGCACCCAGUCAUCAAGGCACACCUCGAGCUGGGCGUUGUGAACUACCAGCCCGUGUACAUGGUCACGGGCCUCAUGAUCGCCUCGGACAUGCAGUACCGCGAGCGGCCCGCACCGAUGCCGACGCGGACCCCGGCGCGGGCGCAGGACAUGGAGCGGAAGCUGGUCAUCGAGCCCGAGGCACGGGAGGCGCUGACGGCGGUGCUCGAGAAGUCGAAGCGGCACCAGGACAAGGAGCUGCCGCUCGACUUCUUCCAGGUGUCCCCCAACGGAGACUCCACGACACCCCGGCGCAUGGAGGUUGACCCGCUGCGGAUCAUGGCCAAGCCCGACCACAUGGUGGCCAUGCCGGGGAAGACCAUCUACGCGUACAAGCUCACCAAGAUCGACGUGAGCAGGUGGAUGGGCUCCGUCGCGAAGCCCGUGCCGGAGCCGGUCCUGACAAAGCAGGGAUACAUGGUCCGCUAUCGAGACGUUCCCGUCGGGCACGUAUACACGGCGAGUGUUGAGGUGCCCGCAACUACCAACUUUGACUGCGUGUACGGCGGUUGGUGA